AUGGAUGCCUACGGAGCCGACGACCUGCGUGGCGCGGCGGAGGUCAUCCCCGGCCGCCUCUUCUUCCACUGCCUGCAGCAGCCCAUGACCCUCACCACCGCCCCGCCCAACUCCAUCUGCGUCCAUCUGGACGCCGACCUCAUCUACGAGCCAUUCUGCGCAGACUUUGGGCCCUGCAACCUGGCGCACACCUGGCGCUUCUGCCAGCGCGUCAACGAGCUGCUGCAGCGGUCCAACGGCCGCCGCGUGUACCUGCUGGUGGGGAGCCACCCCCACAAGCGCUCCAACGCCGCCGCGCUGAUGGGCAUCUACUGCGUGCUGCACCUGGGCAUGACCCCGGAGCAGGCGUACGAGCCGCUGCGCGCGCUGGAGCCCUUCACCGGCUUCCGCGACGCAUCCUGCGGCGUGCCCACCUACCAGCUGCCGGUGCAGCAGGUCAUCGCGGGCAUGUACCGCGCCAAGGAGGUGGGCUUGUACCGCGGCGAGCAGCUGGAUUUGGAGGAGUACGAGCACUACGAGCAGGUGGAGAACGGCGACCUCAACUGGAUCGUGCCCGGCAAGUUCAUGGCCUUCUCUGGCCCCUCCGCGCAGCCCAAGCACUUUGGAGGCUGGCGCACAUACAUGCCCGAGGACUACAUCGAGUACUUCCGCGAGCACAACGUGGGCGCGGUGGUGCGGCUGAACAAGAAGAUGUACGAGGCCAGCCGCUUCACGCAGUACGGGGUGCGCCACCACGAGAUGUACUUCCCAGACGGCACCUGCCCCUCCGAGCAAAUCCUGCUGCGCUUCCUGGACACCGCGGAGCGGGAGCCGGGGGCGCUGGCGGUGCACUGCAAGGCGGGCCUGGGGCGCACCGGCGUGCUCAUCUGCUCCUACAUGAUCAAGCACUUCGGCUUCAGCGCCGAGGAGGCCAUGGGCUACAUACGCGUGUGCCGCCCCGGCUCCGUCAUCGGGCCGCAGCAGCACUACCUG